AUGCUAGAAUUGUCACCCACCGUUAUCGAACAAACAAGCGUCGACCACGACACUGAAUGCGCACCCGUCCUGCCCGCGCAUCGUAAGAAAUACUCUAAGGAAGAAUGUUAUUACACCUGGCACCAGCGCGUUGUUCUCCAGAAAAGUUGGGCCACUGUCCUCAAGAACUUCAACAGCCGAUUCCCGAACCGUCAACGUCUUACUGCCAAGCGUUAUGCCUAUGCCGGGAUUCAGAACAAAAUCAAUCGUUUCACCAAACUGGAGAACUUGCCCAACUAUCGAGACCGAUUCAAUGACGCUAAUGCUUCCUUGACCGAUAAGGAUUUCAUCAAAUCUUGCACGAAUGUUUGGUUCCCUUGGAUGGAAUGA